AUGCCCACGCCGCUGCAGCCCGGCGGCCCCGCUAGCGGCCCGCCUCCGGAGCGCAAGCGGCGCCGCAAACGCGACGACCCGCAAAGUUCCGCCGCGCUCGAGCCUGACGACGACGACGGCAAUAUGAGCCCUGAGGAGGACCCGAGGAACGCGCCAGCAGCUCCGGCAGCGCCGACGCCAGCGCCUUCUUCCGCCCCCGCACCUACCUCACCACCAGCAGCCCCUGACGCCGUAGAUCUCAGCUCGCGCCGUGACUCACCACCUCUCUCCUCCGAUGUAGAACACUUCGACGGCAAGAUAGUUUACAAUCCUGACGGCUCAGCGUACAUUAUCGAGGACCCUGAACUCUCCGAGGGUGAAACCAGCUUGUCGGACCUACCUAAGAUAGAACCGGGGUGUAUUGUUGACAGCAGAGACAGCAACGUCGUUGAGAGACAGCUUGAGUUUCCGCAAAUUGCAAGCGCAUUUUACGUGUCAAGAAAUCCUUCAUUGUACGGUGCUCUGUAUGGAAGACUAGCCGCUGAAAGAGCAAGAGCGAGACCUGAUGCGCCCGUUAUGCAUAGUUAUCGAGUGUUCAGUUUUCGCGGGAAAGAAACUCCGAGACCCCAGUCUCCAGUUCCUGAAUGCGUUAGCGUACCCGUUAAACCAAUCCUUAUGUGUUUUAUAUGUAAACUUAGCUUUGGAUACGCAAAAUCAUUCGUAGCGCAUGCACAAUCUGAUCAUAGUUUAUCAUUACUUGACACAGAAAGGGAUGCUUUAUCAAGAGAAAAUGCAUCAGCAAUCAUCCAAUGUGUCGGAAAAGACAAAGAACCACUAGUCUCAUUCCUAGAACCUGUAGGUGCUGCUGCGCCACAACGUGCUUCCAUUUCAGGCAGUCCUGCAAACAUGUCCGAAUUAUCAAGUCCAUCAGUAGACAAGAGGCCGGACCUCAUGACACCCGACAGGGAUAACGACAACAUGCUCCCAAAUGGUUCCUGUGAUGAUAGAAGGCCAAGUCCACCUGCGUGGCGGCCACCAAGAUCACUGGCUGAAUCAUUGCUACCACAGCAUUCUUUAAUAUCUGUCGCUCAUCCCCAUACUAUAAAUGCAUCCGUUCAACCGCGAGUGAGCCCUAACUCAUCGCCUCCUUUCCAACCGGCACCUCCAGCAUUCUUGUCUGGAACAACGAUAGGAGUAUGCCCAGAUCAUUUAGGAGGCAGACCAUCCGGUGCUGAUUGUCCAAAAUGUGAGCUUAUAUUAAAUUCGGGUAGAUUAGGAGGACCACUGGCCGGUAUGCACAGUCGAAAUUCAUGCAAAACCUUGAAAUGUCCGAAGUGCAAUUGGCAUUACAAAUAUCAAGAGACAUUAGAAAUUCAUAUGAAGGAAAAACAUCCGGAAGCUGAAACAAGUUGCAUUUAUUGUAUCGCUGGUCAACCGCACCCGCGAUUAGCGAGAGGAGAAACCUACACAUGUGGAUACAAACCGUACAGAUGUGAAGUUUGUAAUUAUUCGACGACAACUAAGGGAAACCUCAGCAUACAUAUGCAAUCGGAUAAGCAUUUAAACAAUAUGCAAGAAUUACAAAACGGUGGGAAUCCAGGAGAAAGUAACUUGACGCCAUCACAACAUACUCCACCUGGCGCACACAAGCCACCACUACCACAUCAUUCUCCUUUAGGUCAGAAACCAAAGCCUACAUUUAGAUGUGACGUGUGUAAUUACGAGACAAACGUAGCAAGAAAUCUAAGGAUACACAUGACCUCAGAAAAGCAUACUCAUAACAUGCUUGUUCUACAGCAAAAUGUGAAGCAUAUGCAAACUUUAUCAGCUCUACAUCAUAGACAACAAAGUCAACAACAGCUUGAGAGUUUACUACAUUUCCACGGUGGAGAUGCGCCGCCUCCCAACCCUGAGGCAGCGUUGGCAGAUAUGGCUUAUAAUCAAGCUCUCAUGAUACAACUGAUGACUGGUGGACCCGGGCCUUCACCUCCAGAACUCGGCGCACAUUUAGAUGUAGGCUUAAACCCUGACGCCAUGGAACCACCACCAGAACCGGCAGAUCCGGAGCCAGAACGGACUUUCCACUGCUGCAUUUGCAACUGUUUCUCUACCGACUCCCUGGAAGCUCUCGGUCACCACUUAGCACAGGAUCGUACUAAGAUUAGAGAACAAGAAAUACUUGCCCUCGUGGCCGGUCACUAUGUUUGUAAACUAUGCACCUAUAAAACUAAUUUAAAAGCCAAUUUUCAACUUCAUUGCAAGACUGAUAAACAUUUGCAAAGGCUACAACACGUGAACCACGUGAAGGAAGGUGGUCCCAGAAACGAGUGGAAGUUGAAGUUCUGUGGUGGUGUCGGCACCGGAGGCGCCGGUGUGGGUGGCGUUCAAGUUAGAUGCUGUGCUUGCGAUUACUAUACUAACUCUGCGCAUAAGUUGCAGUUACAUGCUGCUGGAGCUCGGCACGAAGCCGCCGCGCUUUUGUUGAGGCACCUACGCGACUGCUCUUCUAGGAUACCACGUGAUCGACCUAGGGUAUACCGCUGUGCACUAUGUGGCUUCGGAUCUCCCCAUCGACUACCUCUCCUGCAACACGUUCGCUCAGUGAAACAUCUUCAGAUGGAACAAAUUCAUCAGCUCCAACGACGAUCUGAGGGAAAAGACCCCACGCCGGACGUGGCUGAACUCUUUCAAGUCAUUCCACAGCCCCCGGAGUUGCCUAGUCCAUUUGACCAACAAGAAAAUGAUAACAAGGAACCCAUUGACCAGAAACCGGAGUUGACGCAAGAACAGAAGAUGCUACGCUUUUUAGAGCAACAUCAGCAACAACAACAACAACAGCAACAGGUUGCGCAACAGUCCGUACCUCAGGGAUCAAAUGAAAAAGAGGAAGAGGAGGUGUCAGGGUCACACGCAUGUCCCUAUUGCAAUUUCAGCUGUGAUAACGAAAGUAAACUGCAUAUGCAUAUAAACUCUAUGCAUGCUGACACUGCUAGACAUUUCAUCUGUCCCCUGUGCCAAGAUGCCUUUAAGGACAGACCAGCUCUUGAGAGGCACGUUAUGCAAAUACAUUCGGUGAACUCCGAAGGCCUCCAACGCCUCUUGCUUCUUGUAGAUCAGAGUCAUUGGUUAAACGGUGCCAAUCAAGCCCAACGCGAAGAUUCUAGACAAGGAGAUGAAGAUCGUGAGAUAUCCUCGCCUCGCUCUGAAGGCAGCGUAGACGGCGAGACAGAACGUUGCUCCACUUGCAACCGAACUUUCCGUAAUGUCGACGAACUAUGCCACCAUCAAAACGAAUCUGGUCACUUGGAACUAAAACAAACACCCCAAGGGCCCGGUUAUGUCUGUUGGAAGAAAGGCUGCAACCGUUAUUUCGAAGCGGCUCAUGCGCUACAAAACCACUUCAAAGAAGCCCACGCCCGUAACUCGAUCGCGAAUAUGUCGGUAUCAGAAAAGCACGUUUACAAAUACCGCUGCAACCAAUGCAGUCUUGCAUUUAAAACUGUAGAGAAACUCCAACUUCAUUCGCAAUACCAUCUAAUACGCGAUGCUACUAAAUGUGUUUUGUGUGGACGGAGCUUUAGAUCCAUAUUAGCUCUCCAAAAACACGUGGAAACGUCGCACUCUGAACUAUCUGAGGAUGAACUUGCGGCUUUUAAGCGUAGCUUGGCUUCGAAUCCGUUAUUGCAAUCGAGCCAAGGUACUGCACUAGAUCCUGCUACGGCUGAUUUACUGCGUAAAGAGGCUCUAAGGACGCCCGAUGACGAGCUAGGAGAAAUGGAAGACAGAGACUCUAGCGCCACGGUGGCUGAUGAAUCUGGUCAUAACGACGCGGAAAACUCAGAUGAUUCGAUAAUCUACAAAGACCAACAAUUUCUAGAAGAUUAUUUGAACUCGCAAGCGAUGGCCGAGGAUUCCUAUAAUGAUCCAAACAGAAAAUACAAAUGCCAUAGGUGCAAAGUCGCUUUUACAAGACAGUCUUAUUUGACUGCACAUAACAAGACACUCCUGCAUAGAAAAGGUGAAAAAUUAACAUAUCCCAUGGAGAAAUAUCUCGAUCCCAACAGGCCGUUCAAAUGUGACGUAUGUAAAGAGUCAUUUACGCAAAAGAAUAUCCUAUUGGUGCACUAUAACAGUGUGAGUCAUUUGCAUAAAUUAAAACGCGCUAUGCAAGAGCAGCAAAACAAUAACAACCCUCCAGUAUCGCCAGGCGCGGGUACAGCGCCGUCGAAUUUGACUCUCACGCCAAAGAGUACGUCGAGCGAGGAAGAUGACCGCAAGCGAUAUAAAUGCAACAUAUGUAAAGUGGCUUAUACGCAAGGCAGCACGUUAGAUAUUCAUAUGCGAUCGGUUUUGCAUCAAACACGUGCCGGCAAGUUGCAAGAGCUAGCCGCGGCGGGUCACGUCGACUUGACGCGGCCUUUAGUAGAGCAGCCGGAUAGAAACGACCCCGCCAAAAUAUUACAAGACGUAUUGUCGCCAAAAAAUACAUCCCCUUCAUCUACGAGCAGCGGGGGACCCCGUUCCUCGCCCCCCGUUCGCCCAGGUAGCCCGCGAUCCCCUCGCGCAGGUAGCGCCUCGUGCGACCGCUGCCACGCGUCAUUCCCAACUGGGGAGCUACUCGACGCACAUCGCGUAACUUCAUGUCCGUUUGGCGAUGCGCGGGCGCACUCGCCGCUGGGUGACGCAGAAGCAGCUGCUUUAGACGAGAUGGUAGCGAAGGGCAAUCCGCCCAAACGGAACUCACAGAUGUAUAAACAACUCCUCGAGACGUUCGGGUUCGAUCUCGUCAUGCAGUACAAUGAGAAUCAGCGUCGAAAGCUGCAAGAAGAGCGUGAGAUGGCGCGAGCGCCAAGCCCCCCGCCUCCGCCGCCCGAGGAGAAGCCUCCGGAUGGAGAGAACAAGUCCACCUGCCAGCAUUGCAAUAAGGAGUUCUCUAGUGUGUUCGUUUUAAAGACCCAUUGUGAAGAAGUGCAUAAGGAUAAGGUUCCGCUCGAGUUUUUAGAGCAGUUCGCGGAACAGUUUAAAUCUGAGUACGAGAGGAAGUCUGGUGCGCCGAAUUCGCCGCGUGCAGCGUCGCCUGCUCCGCAGGGAGAUCGAUCCCCAUCUCCUCGGGGAGAGAGCAAUGGCAACUUCAAUGAGAAUGCUAAUGGCUCUGGAGAAGCCCAGGCUGGAGCGUUGCUAGCAGCUCAGGUACAGGAGAUGCAAGCAGCACUCAACAUGCUCCAGUUACAACAACAGCUGGGGCAAUUACAUCCUAUGGUGGCUCAGAUGCUAUCCUUGGGGCUACCUCUUGGAUUGAACGUUGGAGCCCUGGCGGCUAUGAAUCUUCAACCACCGCUGGUGCCCCUAAUGCUGCCGCCACCACCUUUUGAUGCGAUGCCAUUCGCACACGAUGCCCAAAUGAAACAACAGCAGCUUAUCCAGCAACAACAACAGGCAAAUGCUGCCGGGCAGAAGAGAGCAAGAACGCGCAUCACGGACGAGCAACUGAAAAUUUUACGAUCGCAUUUUGACAUUAAUAACUCGCCAAGCGAUGAGGCAAUCGCGAAAAUGGCCAAACAAUCCGGCUUGGCUACAAAGGUAAUCAAACAUUGGUUCAGAAAUACACUGUUUAAGGAACGGCAACGUAACAAGGAUUCUCCUUACAACUUCAACAACCCGCCUUCGACUACCCUGAACCUAGAGGAAUACGAAAAAACCGGAGAGGCGAAAGUUACACCGUUAGAUUCUUCGGCGAGCUCUGACGAGGGUAAGCCGCCACCUGAAAAAAAAGCAAAAACUGAAGAAAAUAUGAUGAUGACUCAUCAAGACGUAAAGUCUGAGCCAAACGAAGAACCUUCAAUGGAGGAAAAGUAUAAUUCCUACGACGAUAGGCAUCAAGAGGACAAAAGUUUCAUCUUUCCUCAAGCUCCAUCUCAAAGUCCCGCUCUGAGUAAUGAAAUGCACCAUAACAUAUCUCGGCCUCAGACGCCGACACACUUAUCUUUAAAUUCACUAAUACAGUCUCAGUUGGAUUCUAUACCAGCUACAAGCAUACCUCAACCACCUCACCCGUCUAUGCUACCGCCAAAAAUAAAUCCAAAUUUUACGUCCCCAAACGCCGCGCCCCCGAACGUCCUACCUUUGACCCCAAAUCGCAGCCUCAGUCCCGGCAGGGGACCGGCCGAUUUCGGACUUUCCGGGGGCAACUCGAAUGGAUCCAACAGCUCGGGGUCUUCUGGCAAACGCGCCAACAGAACUAGAUUUACUGAUUAUCAGAUCAAAGUAUUGCAAGAGUUCUUCGAAAAUAAUGCCUACCCAAAAGACGAUGAUUUAGAAUAUCUAUCAAAGUUACUAGGUCUCAGUCCACGGGUUAUCGUCGUUUGGUUUCAAAACGCGAGACAAAAAGCGAGGAAAGUAUAUGAAAAUCAACCUGCCGCAGAUCCACCUGCGGGAUCUAUGGACGAUGCCAACAGAUUUCAACGUACACCAGGACUAAACUACCAAUGCAAAAAGUGUCAGCUGGUAUUCCAAAGAUACUACGAAUUAAUACGACACCAGAAGACUCAUUGUUUUAAGGAGGAGGAUGCGAAACGAUCUGCGCAGGCACAAGCGGCAGCUGCGCAGGUUGCUGCAACUUUAAGCAGCGAAGACUCGAACUCUAGCACCGUAGAACACCACGUUCCGCAUGUGCCAGUAUCACCGGCACCACCUCGUACUCCAACGCCUGCCGCACCUAACUAUCCGGUUUCUCCGGCUCCUCCUACGCCUCACACGCCAGUGACUCCUCUCUCGCACAAUCCAAGAGAUGACAAAGAUGGAAAUUUUCAAUGCGACAAAUGCAACCUUGUCUUCCCACGUUUUGACUUAUGGCGAGAACAUCAAAUGGUUCAUUUCAUGAACCCAAAUUUAUUCCCCACUUAUCCACCUGAUUCCCCUUUUGGGAUCUUGCAACAGCACGCCCAGUUACAGCAAUUAAAUGCUUCCCUCUCAAAUGAAGAAGCUCGCCACCCUUUAGUUGCCGCAUUAAACCAACAAGUUGCUAAAAGAAAGUUCGAUGAGUUUGAAGAAGUAGACACGGGUGAACAACCAAAAGAUAAGAGGCUAAGAACGACAAUCCUACCUGAGCAACUCGAUUAUUUAUAUCAAAAAUAUCAAAUCGAAUCUAACCCUUCGAGAAAAAUGCUCGAAAAUAUCGCUCGCGAAGUCGGCUUAAAGAAAAGAGUUGUUCAAGUGUGGUUUCAAAACACAAGGGCCCGUGAAAGAAAAGGACAAUUUCGUGCACAUGCCCAAGUCAUUAACAAACGCUGCCCUUUUUGUCCAGCCUUGUUCAAAGUUAAAAGUGCACUUGAAAGUCACUUAAGUACUAAACAUGCCGAUCAAUGUGCUAGAGGGGAAAUAAACGUGGACGCUCUACCUGAUGAGGAGUUGAGUACAGAAUCAACACCCAGUUUUGGAUCGCAACAAAGUGAUAGACAGCAAAAUUUUUCCCAAGCGGGGGCUCCCAUGUUGCCCCCUAUUUUUCCGCCGUUUCACUCAGACAUGGAGAAAUUUAUCAAACAGUAUAGUGAGGAGUCAAUGAAGCGCUACGUAAGCGAACUUCAGGCCCAAGCCGCCGCUCAACAGAACGGCGGAAACAAUGAGUCAUCUGAGAGACGACCCGAACAUGGAAAACCGGAGACACCCCUCGAUCUCAGCAAACCCGUCGAUUUAUCGCGACCAGGUUCGGACGCAGACGAGAGAUCAGACACGGCAUCUGAAACCAUGGAAUUCUACGAAGAAGACGACCCGACCUCGCCAAUAGCGGGUCAACCGAAUCAGAGGCCCGGCAAACGUUACCGAACUCAGAUGUCUUCGAUACAAGUGAAGAUUAUGAAAUCUCUGUUCAGCGACUAUAAAACGCCUACGAUGGCGGAAUGCGAAGCACUCGGGCGCGAGAUCGGGCUGCCGAAACGUGUGGUGCAAGUGUGGUUCCAAAACGCUCGUGCCAAAGAGAAGAAGGCGAGGCUAGCGGCCGGUCUAUCGGAGGUAUCGGACGCGCCGCCGCCUGAGGAGUGUCGCGUGUGUGACUUCAAGUACAGUCACAAAUAUUCGGUACAAGACCACGUGUUCACCCGCGGGCACAUCGCGGCUGUGCGCGCUCGUCUCGAGAACUGCGUCGGCGCCGGCGACGACGGAACGCUCGCCCUGAUGCAGAUGGCGGCGCGGCUGGAGAGCGGGCUCGGAAGCGAGCUCCACAACGCUUUCCUCCGCCCACAACUCGCUGGCAACGGUGAGUGUACUUGA